CUCAAAGGUUAUCAACAAUCUCUCAUCUUUAGCAUUGUUUUGUUAUCUUCUUCUUCAUCACAAUUUUUCUACGGUCAGAGAUUCAUAGAGUUUCUCUAUCUUCUUCUUAUUCUCCGAUCAACAUGAUGCAGCAGCCACCACCCGGAGGUAUCCUUCCACAUCACGCUCCUCCUCCUUCUGCGCAACAACAGUACGGUUACCAACAACCUUCUCCUUACGGGAUUGCUGGUGCUGCUCCACCACCACAGAUGUGGAAUCCUCAAGCGGCGGCGCCGCCAUCAGCUCAGCCUACGACUGCCGACGAGAUCCGGACUCUUUGGAUCGGGGACUUACAGUAUUGGAUGGAUGAGAAUUUCCUCUACGGUUGCUUUGCUCAUACCGGAGAAAUGGUUUCUGCUAAAGUAAUUCGUAAUAAGCAAACCGGUCAAGUUGAAGGAUACGGUUUCAUUGAGUUUGCAUCUCAUGCUGCUGCUGAAAGAGUUCUACAAACAUUCAACAACGCUCCUAUCCCGAGCUUUCCUGAUCAGCUCUUUAGAUUGAACUGGGCAUCAUUGAGUUCAGGAGAUAAACGGGAUGAUUCACCGGACUACACGAUAUUUGUCGGUGAUCUGGCUGCUGAUGUUACGGAUUAUAUCUUACUUGAGACGUUCAGAGCCUCUUAUCCGUCAGUGAAGGGUGCAAAGGUUGUUAUUGACAGAGCCACUGGGCGUACGAAGGGAUAUGGUUUUGUUAGGUUUUCUGAUGAGAGUGAACAGAUACGCGCUAUGACGGAGAUGAAUGGUGUUCCUUGUUCCACUAGACCUAUGAGAAUUGGUCCAGCUGCUAGCAAAAAAGGUGUUACUGGUCAGAGAGAUUCAUACCAGAGCGCUGCUGCAGGGGUACCAACUGAUAAUGAUCCAAAUAACACAACUGUUUUUGUUGGUGGAUUAGAUCAAUCUGUCACGGAUGAUCAUCUGAAGAAUGUCUUUGGCCAAUAUGGUGAGAUUGUGCAUGUGAAAAUACCCGCCGGAAAGCGCUGUGGAUUCGUUCAAUUUUCUGAGAAAAGCUGUGCAGAGGAAGCUCUUAGAAUGCUGAAUGGAGUGCAAUUGGGCGGAACAACCGUCAGGCUCUCAUGGGGCCGAAGUCCUUCGAACAAACAGUCAGCGGAUCCCAGCCAGUUUUAUUACGGCGGGUAUGGACAAGGACAGGAGCAGUAUGGGUACACGAUGCCACAAGACCCUAAUGCAUAUUACGGAGGCUACUCUGGUGGAGGAGGAUACAACGGUGGUUACCAGCAGACACCACAAGCAGGACAGCAACCACCACAACAGCCACCACAGCAGCAACAAGUCGGGUUUAGCUACUAACUCCGAGAGUAUUUCUUGGGUUAAUGUCACUCUGCUUGUUGUUUGCGUACUUUGUUAUGAACUUGUUUCUGCGUGCUUUGUUAUGAAUGUUUCCCGAAACACAGUUUAUUUGUCUUUGUUUUCUCUAGGUUGUGUGUUGAGUUUUUCACUCUUAAUAAUGUUUCUGCGAUGCU